AGGGGCUGAUUCUGGAAGCCAUUACGCCACUGCCGCAGGGCGGAGGCCCUUUAGCGGAGCCUGCUGGGUGGCCGCGGUACGCAAUUUGCGUAUCUUUCGCUAUUCAAGGGGGUCUCACCCCAGGGCCCCUGAGGCCCCUUCGGGGGCCCCCCAUUUUUUCUGAGCCUUUUGGUCACCAGACCCUGUUAGCUCUUGGGGCCCCUGGAUCCCACCCCUCCUCUACCUCCAUUAGGCCUUAAGUCCCUCGUAGGGCCCCUACUUGCCUCCCCACCUCUCUCUGGUUCCCCUCCCCCUUGACCCUUUAAGGCCUCCUGCCCUUCCAGUUCCUCUAGGGUCCUUUUGGCCUUCCCAGCUCUCUACCAGGCCCCCCUCCCUAGCCCCAGUUCCCUCUGAGGUCUCCUGCUCUUGCAGUCCCCCCUGUAGGGCCCUCUGCCUGCCCCAGCAUCUGUUAGACCUGACCUCUCCCAAACCCUCCCAGGAGCAGCUCCCCCCAGCCCCGAAUCUCCCUCGCCCUGUGACCCCAUGGCAAUGGCAUCGCCCCCGGUGCCCCCAGCGAAGAAACGCAAGAUGAACUUCUCGGGGCGGGAGGUAGAGAUCAUCGUGGAGGAGCUGGAACGGGGCAAGCAUCUGCUCAUCAACCACUUCAACGCUGGGGUCCCACUGGCUGCCAAGGCCGCUGCCUGGCACGACAUCCUACGCCGUGUCAACGCCGUGGCCACCUGUCGCCGUGAGCUGCCAGAGGUCAAGAAGAAGUGGUCAGACCUCAAAACUGAGGUGCGGCGCAAGGUAGCACAGGUCCGUGCCGCUAUGGAAGGAGGCGGCAUAGGGCAGGAUGGAGCUGGCGAGGGCCAGGACAGCGAGGACCCUACUGGUGCUGCAGCCACCCCUGUCAUACUCACCCCCAUGCAGCAGCGCAUCUGUAACCUACUGGGAGAAGCCACCAUCAUCAGUCUGCCUACUGGGGACUGCACUGCCGGGGAUGGUGCUGAGAUACCCAUCGCAGCCUCCACCACCACUGUCACCCUGACCCAGAGUGAGUGCUGCCCCGAUGAAGUUCCUGCAGAGACAACUUACCAUAGUCUGGAGGAUGGAGUGGUGGAGUACUGCACAACAGAGACUCCCACAACAGUUACUGCUGAAACACCCUUGGAGAUGAUGGCACAUCAGUCUGAGGCAUCUGUAAAGCCCCAGGAGCUGAAGAGCCGAAUUGCCCUAAAUUCAGCCAAACUCCUUCAGGAGCAGCGAGUGACCAACCUGCAUGUGAAGGAGAUUGCCCAGCACUUGGAACAGCAAAAUGACCUGCUGCAGAUGAUCCGUCGCUCUCAGGAAGUGCAGGCAUGUGCCCAAGAGCGUCAGGCGCAGGCUAUGGAAGGGACCCAGGCUGCUCUGAGUGCCCUCAUCCAGAUCUUACGCCCCAUGAUCAAGGACUUCCGUCGAUUUCUGCAAAGUAAUACACCUAAUCCUUCGGUAACUGCUGAGCCCAGCCAUGUGGCCCAGAAUGGGCAACAAGAUGGUAUCAUUCAAUAAAAUAAGGACCAACUGGACACUUCUCUCAAAAGAGCUGUCUUCACUACUAUAGAGUUCCAGCCCUCUGAAGUCAAAAGCUGUUGCAUCCUUUUCUGUGAUGAUCCUAUGCUAUCUGCUUCUUUGGACUCAGCAUCCAGGAUGGAAGCCAGGAUGUGUGAUUAAACUUGGAAUUUAGUGUUGUUAGAUUUUUUCUUUUUUAAAAAAGAAACCUAUUUUUUCCACAUAGAUUUCUAAAAAGACAAUUAUUUUUAUUUAUUUCUAUCUUAAAAAAGAAAUGAUACCCUUUCCCCAAACAUACAGCUUUUAACUGGCUUUUAACACCAGCCUUAUGGCCCUUAUCGUGGUUUGUGAAGUUACGAUUCAUCUUUGAAGGUGCCCAGAUACUUUGUUCUAGUACAGAGAAGCUAAUGCAGUCCUGUCUCUUGCUGGACACUUGUAGAGUAAUAAUAUGGCACCUGAGGUGGUAUAGGAAGUUUGUGGCGGCCUGUGUGUUGGAAGAUUGUGGUUGCUGCUCUUUAAGUGUGUAAGUCACCCCUGUAUAAAGGAUUAGCACAAGGCCUGUCCACAACCUAAAUCCCACAGAAGUUCUACUUUAGCUCUAAAAAUAGAGUUUGUGGUGCAUAGACAUCAUAUUGGCCUUCUGCACAGUGCUGAAUUUCAUCCAAAGCUAGCAGAGGUGUUUGUGCAUGUGUAUUAAAUGUCUCAAAAGAAGUACCUAAGGGAAUAAGUAUGAAUUUCAUUUAGGUAGAUUUGCAUACAGAGGAAAUGCCAUACCAGUGGAAUAGGUACUGCAGUAUAGUUUGAACCCUGUACAGUACAUUGUCUCAAAGUGGGGAAAAUAUAGAAUUUUCAGCAAAGCCAUAACUAAAAGUCAUGGCUUGUGUGAGUUUGUCAACUACAUGUUAUUUUAAUGGGAUUGGGAGGAGGUUUGUUUUUUGUUUACGGUUUGUAAUUUUUUUUAAGGCGUUAACAAAAUUUGUUACCAUUGACUUCAACAGGCUAAGGACUAUGGGAUUUGCCCCAAAUCUUUCUUAAGAUUAUAUUGGGGGGAGAGGAGGGGCGACUGAUCCUUCGCACUUACUUUUAGAGCUGUUCUGGCUUUUGGGGCUCGAGCCUAAAAGAACACUUAGUUUCAUAGCAAGUUGACUUGAUGGUGUGUGUGUGGUUGGUAUAGAUGUGUACCAAUAUCAUAAACAAAACAAAAUAUUUCAGAUGAAAAGCUUCACCUCUACCUGUGUAGAAGCUGACUAAUUUGUCUAAAAACUACUUUUGUUAAUGCCUUUCUCUUGUCCCACGGACCCACCUGCAAAACCAAUUUAAUCAAAAUUAUGGAUUAAUACUGGCCAAAUAUUACUGUCAAGAUGGAACUUUUUUAUGCUGAGCUAAGUUUGCUGUUGAACUCUCUGGAGGGCUGAGAAGCAAUGAACUGAUGCAAUUAAUUUUUGCAAUUAAAUUACAAACCUCUGAAUAUAUCUUUCUACAAUGAAAACAGUGAUGGGGAACUUAACUAAACCAGUACAUGGGAUAUUGCUACAUUUUAUAACCUUCAUUGUAGUGGUAACGCACUCUCUUUAGGAAGGAGGAGGAUAAGAUAAUGAAUAGUGGAAUUCAAAGACUUUGGUCAAUGGAAGAUCCUUGUCCCAUCCAUUCAGUCGUCCACUCUGAGUCAGGACAACACCAUCACUGACUUUCCCACCUUGUCCAUCAUCUAAUCACAUCAAGACAAUUUUCUUGACUUGUUUCUCUCAAAACCUGUGGAAUCAAAUCAAUGACUCAGUUGUGGUUUAUUUUUAAAACAGACGCUGCAUCAUACCUGUUUGGUUUUACCUCACUUGUGAAUAAGAA